AUGGUCAACAUAAUAUUUUUUGAUAAACUUCGUUUUGCGGGGAUAUUUAUGGUUUUCCUGGCCUGCUGUCAUUGUAGGACAUUCGACAUAACGAACGCCGUGGGCGGGUUUGAUUUGAAUGCUAACCAACAUGGUAGAAAUUAUAUACAAUAUGAUACGAUGACCGCGACGACUUUAAGACCUGUCACACAUCCGUGUUUCGAAUGCCCUACGCAGACGGAGAAGAGACAGAACUUGUGCUCCGAUCAAGUGGUAACGUUCAAAUACUCGUGUACUGAUAGCCAAUGUUUUAAGACGAACCCGUGUAUGACUCCUAAACCUGGGUGCGAGAAAAAUAGAUUCAAAACAAGCAAACCUUGCUGUAUUGCAAAGAUGACAGACGCGCACAAAAAAAGCCAGCUUAAAAUGUUGAAGAAAGACAAGAAAAAUAAAAUCCAGAACAAAGUUGGCUUAGACAUGUAA